CCCUCCUGUCCCCGUCUUCGUCCAUCUCCGCUCUCUCUCUCUCUCUCUCUGACUCUCUCGAGUCGAGUCCCGGCGGCAGCCAGGUUCGUUUGUUCCGGCGGCGGGCAUUCAUGGCGGGGCAGUCCGACCCGCACCUCUCCAUCUUCUCGCCCUCCGAGGUGGAGUUCGUGGCGGAGGAUGAGAUCGUCGAAAUCGUCCCCAACAUCCGCAUGGACGCCCUCAACAUGAUCUGUGGGGAUUUCGGGCCCUUCUUCCCACAGAUUCCCACCAAGGUGCCGCUCUGGCUCGCCGUCGCGCUCAAGAAGCGUAGCAAGUGCACUAUCCGCACCCCUGACUGGAUGACUGUUGACCGCUUGACACAGGUAUUGGAAGCGGAAAGAGAGUCGCCUCGAGAAUUCCAGCCAUUACCAUUCCACUACAUUGAAAUUUCUAAGCUGCUAUUUGAUCAUGCUCGUGAUGACAUCUCAGAUGCAUACCUGGUGAGAUCUCUAAUUGAGGACAUCAGAGAUGUCAGAUUCCAUAAGGUUGAGACUGGAUUAGAGACAAUAUCUGGACGCACCCAUGCCGUAAAGCUCAAAAAUCUCUCUGCAAUGGAAGUGAACAUUGUCCGCCCUUUCAUGGUGAGAACUUUGCAGGCAUUCUAUAAGCACGAUAGUCCACAGAUGAUUCAGCAAGCAGAUAAUACAGGGAGCAGAGCAACGCCAGUUACAGACCGUGUCCCAAGAAGAGAUCUAAGGCGCAGGUAGUGAGCAUGACUACCACUUGUAUUGUCAAAUAAUGUACCGCAUAUCUGAGGACAGCAGUGAGUGAAGGUACUGGCAUUGCUUUCUUGCAAUAGUACCAGCUAAGGGCCCGUUCGCUUCCUCCGGAAUGGUCGCCAGGAAAAAAUCCGGAUGAAAUCGUUACUCAAAUUUACAUAAGCUUUCAUUAACCGGAACAAUUCCUGGUGUCAAACUACCUCAAACGAACAGACCCUAAGUAUGUGCCAAUCUUCUAACGAGCCCUGAGAUCUAUCAGAUAGUAAAGCAAUGGUGCAUCAUAGUUUGUCUACUUUUUAGAGGGAACUGGCAUUGCUCUUCCCUGCUUGGAAAUUGUAUUGUAGCUUUGUUUUGCCCAAAGAAUGAGUUGACUUAUUCUUAUUAUAUUAAAUGCAGUGUGUUGCCUCA